CUGCUCCUCGCCUGCACGUGCACUCUCUUGCGCGCCUUGAGCCAAAGUGCGACGUCACGUUUCACAGGGCCGUCAGCUGGCGGUGACGCGCCAUGACGUCAACGACGCACGGUAGGUGAGGUGGCGACUGCUGAGGCGGCGGCGGCGGCCUUUGUAGCGCGCACGCGCUACGACGAAGAGCUUCUCCCAGGUGACCGGUACAAAAUGGCAGCCCCUCCCGAUUAGACGCCCAAGGCAGUAAAUUGGCAAAGCUCACGAGUCACGUUACGCACGCCACGGGAAUCUAACAACACAUCAAUCGACUCACAUGACACCGACAAGAAGACGGUGGGAAUCAACAAGUGCAAAUCCAUGAUAAGAAAAAGUUCUCGCCUGGAGUUAUCGGGCUAUUACAACAGCAACGGUCAGCCCGUCAUCUCGUACAAGGAGACGCCAUACAGGAAGCUGUGGACACGGAGCCGCGCUCAGCAGCGCCCCCGCAGGGUCGCCACGGACAACGCCAAGGAAGCCACCCCGCUGCCUGACUCUCCUGUUGAAGACGUCAGACCGGCACGCAGAGGAAAAGGACUGCUACGGUUGGCACGGAAUUACCUCAUCCCCAUCUUCAUCCCUGCACUCUGGAUCUUGUGCGAGCCCUUGGUCCGUCAGAUGGCGGGCGGCCCCGCUCCCUCCAACGCGAUGGCCGGACGUGGCAACGAGCUCUUGGAGGAGGUUUACACAGCGUACAACGAGCUCAAAGAGCUUCUGCACAUACGCAAAGAGGACCCGUCGUGGACCUCCAUUCCCAACUACGCACUCCAGUCGGCGGGUGCCCGGGUGCUGUGCAGCGCCUCGUCGCUGCCGUACAUGGCGAAAGCGUUCCGCGUGCCCUUCCUGGGCCUGGUGCGCGUGCCCUUCCUGGGCUGGAGGGGAAAUGUCCCCUAUGUCUCCCGGGCACGAGUGGUCAUUGAGGGCAAGUCGGAGCUGAAUCCGGGCGACUGCUGGGCCUUCGCCGGCCAGCAAGGCAACCUCACGGUGGCCCUCUCGCACCCGGUGCUGGUCACUAGCGUCACCCUCGGACACAUCACCAGAAGCAUCUCGCCCACCGGCGACAUCCCGCACGCGCCCAAGAAAUUCUUAGUCUAUGGUUUGGUGUCUUUGGAGUCGGCGGCCGUGGAACUGGGAAUGUUCAAGUAUGAGCGGAUUGGGCCCGUGUUCCAAAAUUUCCAAAUAUCGCUUCAGGGUGCACGGAGCUCUGGCGUCCUGAGGCGGGUGGGCGCGUCCCACCGUCGACACGCAACACAGCUGCGGACGCACCGCGGCGCUAAAUGGGGGAGCGCUCGCUGCAAGCGGACAUGACCUCGGCCCUGGUGUGGGCGGCCUUUCAGCCAUCGCCGGGUUUGGUUCAGCUCACCAGCAAGGCUGCACUUUCCAUACAGCAUGUGCAAUACUGUGUAUUUCUACUUUACUAGUUCUCACGCAUACAUGAUUCAAUGUGUUUUUCAAUCUCAAGUCACAAAGUGCGAUUGCUCGUUUGCUCAUCAUGAGUCGUAAUCAUAUUUGAUGGAAAAUGAAGACGGUUCGUGACUUUAAGUGGCGUGAUUCUUUUCUAAUCGUGCACCGGUCGAUGGCAUCGGUGGCUAAGCAUAGCAAGUUAUGGUUGCCUAGCAUGGUCGCUUGCCGCCAAAACCUCUCCGGGCCCUUUCCUUGCCCAAAAAAAAAAGAAGAAAAAUAAAUAAAUAAAAAUCGACGUCCUGUUCACUUUCGGGCCUUGGGUUCUAAACAUUGUUUAGCAUUUCUAUAGAACCCAACAAUGGCAAAAGGGACAAAGCACAUUUCACUCACUGCAGUCUUUGUGAGUUGCAGAAUCGAUUGCAAGACUUUUUUUUUUUUCCCCCAAUAAACGCCUCCUUUUACGCUUUCAUGUGAAGAAGCAUUUCAGGUUGCAUUUAUAUCUAUGGGGGGGGUGUCAGUGUUCUCUUCUCACUCCUGUUGGGUAAGACCUUGUAUAAAUUAAGGGGGAAUCACAACUUCAAAAUCUUAAACAUAAGAACAACCGUACAAAGUUUCUGUAUAACUAUAACCGGGGUCAAACUAGGGAACAGUUUAAGUGAGGAACUCAAGCAAAGUCCAAAUAUCGUCCACUUUAAAAAAGGUACAAAAAUAUGUUUAGCGGGUAUAAGGACUAAAAAUGCCAAAUGGCUACACAAAAGCAAAAAUGAAACAGAAAAAUGAGUUUGAAAGUGUCUACUUGUAGAUUUAUAUGUUGAAUCAUUUUAAUGGAUAAAGUGAGAAAGGGGUAGGAAUCUAAAAAGCUAUGCUUCCUCCUUUUCAACCAUUCUUUGUUAUUGAUUUUUUUCCAGUUUGUUGGUUUAUUGUUUGUUGUACGGCCUUACAUAUGGCACAUUAAAGUGUUAUUUGUUUUAUUUAAGUUAUUUUUACGUUUUAAAUAUGUUCAAAAUAAAGACAUCAAUCAAUAAGUGGAUUCAGACUGCCGCCAGGGAAUUUAAAAAAAAUUGCCAAGAUGUACUUGAGACAAAUGAGAAAUGUACAAGGGAAGACAUCAAAAGAUUGCGAUUUACUUAAACCAAGCAAGAUUUGCCAAGAAACAAAGCAAUUGCAAAUGAGCCUCUUGCACUGUGUGCUCGGCUCCCCCAACAUACAGUAUUUAAGCUUUCAUAGCUCAGACUUUUCUCACAUGGAUUGAAUGCAAGCUUAAUUAAGAUAGCUUAUUCUUUUGACACGAUACUAAGUUGACGCAUUUGUAGUUAAA